AUUAAGCAGGAAAUGAAUGAACUACAACUAGGAUUUGGGAGCGAGAACAAAUAAUGUUUUGUGGUUUAAAAAACUUUGUGCAAUGAGGUCUCUAGAAAAUGUCUAGGAUGAGAGAAUUCAAAGUUGUUGUUCUGGGAAGUGGAGGAGUUGGGAAGAGUGCUCUAACAGUUCAGUUUGUCUCGGGAACCUUUAUGGAGAAAUAUGAUCCAACAAUAGAAGAUUUCUACCGGAAAGAAAUUGAAGUGGAUUCUGCACCUUGUGUCUUGGAAAUUUUAGACACUGCUGGUACUGAACAGUUUGCUUCUAUGCGAGAUUUAUACAUAAAAAAUGGACAGGGUUUUGUUGUUGUAUACAGCAUCACUAAUCACCAGACAUUUCAAGACAUUAAAAAUAUGAAGGAACAAAUUAUGCGAGUGAAGAACCUGGAACGUGUACCAGUAAUUCUUGUUGGAAAUAAGAUAGACAUUGAGCAGCAAAGAGAAGUAAGCAGCAUGGAAGGAAUGUCCCUAGCCCAACUUUGGGGAUGCCCUUUUAUGGAGGCCUCUGCAAAAAAUAAGUGCAAUGUGAAUGAAAUGUUUGCUGAAAUAGUCCGUGAGAUGAACUUUACCCCUGAGAUAGAGACAUCCAGUCACUGUUGUGUUGUUCUCUGAUGCAGUAUGUUGAUAUAUGGACAGCUAACAAAUAAGCAUACAGGAAGAAGAUUGGGAGUUGUGCCUUUUUUUAAUGGCAGAACCCUUCCACUGACCAGCAUAUAAUGUGGACUGUUGUUGUGCAAUAACUUCUAUACUCCUUAGGUCACUUCUGAAAUUUGCAAAAACAUCUCCAGUAAUUUCUUUGUGUUCACUUCUUAAAGUUAAGCUUCUCCACAGAUUUACUUACUUUGUUUCAGCUGCUUGGUUUUUACAUCAUGUAUUGUACAUGUACAUAUGUGAGUUCAUGAAUAAGCAUCAAAUGGGUGCAUUUGGUGAAAUGAAAAUUACCCAAGGCACCAGUGAGAUUUUAGUAGCCAAACUUUAAAGUUAGAAACUUUAGGCAAAGAUUUGAAACCAAUAUAAAUUUUAAUACGAAAUAAUAAAUUUUAGUUACCUCAAAAGCUGUUUUAGGCAAUGUGAUGCUACUUUUAUAAACUGACUCUAUGUGUUAAUGUUUGGUGCUUCCAAAGGCCAGUCAGAUGUUGCCUAGUUGUCAGCAGUCUUUCAAGUCCAUGAUGUGUAUCAUAACAUUUUAUAGGACUUUAUUGGCUGAUAUCAUCAUAAUCUGGUUUUGGAGAUCUGUUUAAGUUUCCAUGUCAAAUAGAAACAUUGUAUGAUUUCUGUAAGAUCCAAAGCCCAAAAUGUUAUGUUUCCUUUAUCUGAUGUCUAGAAGUCCUUGUUGUAUAUAUAAAUGUAUUUAGGUAAAGGAAAUAUAAUAAUUUUGUGUAAUGUCAUUUGUAUUGGUGGAAGUUUCUUAUAUAAUUUGAAAUUUUGUUAUAAGAAUGACCAAAAUCUCUUGAUAAUGUAUAGAUGUAUUAGUAUUUGCUAUAUGUUAAAAUUGAGAAAAAGUAUAAUGUGUUGGCAAAAAUAUUUGUAAGUAAUUUUGCUUUAUUAUGGUGCUGUAAAGUAUGUUUGUAAGCAAUUUUUUUUACUACAAUGCUAUAAAAAAAUAUCUUUUGGAUGCCAAAUUAUUUAUGCUAAGUAUAUUAUAGUAUUGGGAAAAAAAAAAAACAUGCCUGUGACCAUAAUUUCAACAACAUUUCUGAUGUAAAAUUUAACUGAAUAUUUAUGCAGUUAUUAAUGGAUCUAGUCGAAGCAGUACAGAACUGGUGAUUGUUUUCUCAUAAACAGUCUAAUCGUACAAUAAAUUAAAGCAGUAAUUUGUGAACUUCUUUUAAUAUUAAAGCAAAAAUGAAAAACUGUUUUCUCUACAUUAUAACUAAAAUGUGCAUGAUAAUAUACAUUGAAAUAGAAAAUGUUUCAGAACAUUUUUUGAAGAAAAGUUGAUAUAAUCAGGACAAAAAUGUCUUACUUUUUAAAAUUUCAUGUUGUUUUUUUUUAAAGCUCUUAGCCAAAAAUUGCAUAUAGAUUUGUCGUUUGGGAUUGAUACAUAAUCUUUCUGUUUUGCUUUAAAAAAACCUAGUCUUAAGCCUAUCGGGUAACAAAAAGGAGUUAAUUUUUUCUGAAAAAAGUAACUUAGGAUAUUAUUAGUCCAGAGUUUUCUAUAAAUGAAAAUGUUUUCAUUGUUGAGGAGUAAAUUUCAUUUAUCACUCCCAGAAGAUGAACAAGAAAAUUUUCCUUGAGUCAUUUAGACAUUACUCUUAUUAGUUACUUCCUUGAAGUUGGUAUGUAUUGAAAGUUAGACAUUCAUAUAAACUUUAUUAGCAAGUAAAAGCCACCAAAAAUCUGCAAAAUGAAUGUUUGCUAUUCUCUGCAAAACAUAUUAUAAAGAUAGGUGUGCAGGCCAGUAGUUUUAGUCCACAUAAAUGAACCAUAAAUUUAGUUUUGUAGUUGCAGUUGAAAAGAUUUCACAUUUGUGAUAUCUUCAUGCCGAAGAUUCGUCGCCCAUUAAAAAAUGUACUUCCAUACUUCAGUUAAAUGAGGAAAUUCAAAAUAUUUUUUGAGGUUUGUGUAGAAUGUUUUAAAAUUGGUGAUGUGCUUUUGUAUUUUUAAUUGGCAUUCUAUAUCUGUAGUUUACUUCCUUAAUUUUAUUGCUAUUGAUUUUGUUAGCAGCUGACAAACUUUUGCUAAUAAUGCUCUCAGUUCUGUUUCUAUACAGCUUAGAAUUGUCAUCAUUUUUUUUGUUCUAUUAUGAGUUACCUUAAUUUUAUUGACCUUAUGAAUGUUAUGCCUUAUUUUCUAAAGUUAUCAUAAAUCUUGUUUAUAUUUUACUUGAACUGUAUAGUAUCUUAGUAGUAUGACACCUUGUAGUGAGCCCUCAUGUAUUGAAGUAACUAUAAUAAUACCUCACUACUUAGAAAAGUAGUAAUAAUACUGUUAUGUAUUAUACCAAUGUUGCUUAUGGAACAACAACAUAUUAGUUGAGAUGAUAAGUAAUAGUAUGUUUUUGCAGUCUACUGUAUUUAUGGUAUCACAUUACAUAAAAGUGAAGUGGAAGGAAUGGUGCCAUACUUCUCAAUAUUACACGAUGGGUUUAUGUUUCACAAAGGGAUAAAUUUAUAUGACUAACUAGAUUUAGAACAAUAUUCAAUGAAGUUAAAUUUUAGGUAGGUUUUCACUUAAAUCUUUGAUUAUAAUUGCCUUUCGUAUUUAUUAUAAAAAGGAUUUUUUUUUCUUUAACCCUUUUGUUAACAGACAUUGUGCAUUCUCAGGAACCAGGAAAAAAAGUUGGGAAGUUUGAUGAAAUAUCACAAAUUCUUUAUAUAAUUGAUUUGUGUAUUUUAUUAAAGAAAGACCCUUCAAAACAUGUAUCAUUGGAAACAAUGUGAGAAACUCUUAUCAAAGUUCACCCAUAUGGUCCCUAAGAAUAGAAAUAGUGUAUUAAGUACAACCUAUGGUAAGCAAGGAGUUAAAAUGGACUGAAUAUAGCUAGGUCUUUCAUUUUUUUAUGCUCUUAAUUCAAGUUACGCUUCAACCUAGACAAUAUCAAAAGAAAGUAAAAUCUGUAGGAAUAAAGUAUGUGUUAAAAUUUAAUAUUUUAUGAGUUAGAACUUUUGCAGUAUUAUAUAUUUUUUUAAUGAUUAUUCAAGAUUACUACAAGUCUGAGGGUAUUAAGUUAUUUUACAGGUCAGAAAAAUAUAAUGAAAGCAAAGUAUAUUGUAGAAGAUAUCUGUAUACACAUACAAAUACAUAUGUAUUCUGUUUGUAAGGAAAGUAUUUUAGAAGUAAACAUUGUUUUUAAAGAGUUUUAAUGUUUGUUGCAAAGCUUUUUGUACAACAUGAAACUGUUGUUUUCCUUUUUUUUCUUUUUAUGAAACGGAUUAGACAAACUUUAUAACAAUCUUCAGAGAAAUUUCUAGUUAAGCCAAUGUUUCAUGUGACAUUUAGUGAAAGUUUGAACAAUGUACAGUGUUCUGUCAUGAGAGGUGAUUGGCUUCUGUAUGUUGUUUCAUAAGAAAUGACUUGUAUAUGUUCUAUUAUGAGUGUUCUGUAUAUUUAAGACAGGUUGAUCUUAUACAGGGAUUAGCAGUUUAACUCAGGUACCACUUCUUGUAAAGCAUGUUUAUAAGAUUGAUGUAUUUUUCAUACUGUUUUAUAAAGCCUGUAGCAAAUGUGUGUGUGUGUGUAGAAAAGCAUUUUAAACAGUUUCACAUAUAGUAUUAAACAUGUAAUGCUCAUUCCAUAACUUGGUUAUGAGUAAUUCUUUCUUUAUAAAUAUAAAUAUAUACAUAUGUUGGUGUUUAAAACCAUAUCAUAAACUUUGAACUAAUUUCGCAAUUAAGCUAUUUCCACAUUUUAAACAAGUGUUUUUUGUAUAUCAAGUUCUACUGUCUUUAUCCAAACAUUGUCCUCAUGUGAAUAUAGUUUAACACACACACACACACACACCUAACUAAAGAGCCAUCCUUGCAAGAUUAUUCAUACUUGUAACUUGUCUGAAGUCUGCCAUAUUUAAAAUCAUAAAGAUGGUACCAUAAAUUGCUUAAAUAGGAAUGCUGUUUUAAAAAAUAAAGAUGAGCUAAAACAUUUAAUGUAACACCUUUUUUUACAUUACUUAUGAAACUUUUAUCUGUAUUCACAGAGGCUUGCAGGUAACUAUUAUACAAUUAGAUCCUUUGUAGGGGAGGAUAUUAACUUUGCUGCUAUUCCUCUUAUGAAGCAAGAAAACUGGUUCAAAGAAUAUGAUAUGAUAAAAUUUUGAAAAACACCAGUUUAAAGUACAUGACAUUUUAAGAACAAAACUGUGAUAUGGAAUAUAAACUAUAAAGCUAGAUAUUAAUAUAUAAGUAAUUACUUGUUAAGAGAUAUUGGUAAACAAGUAAAGAAAUAGCUGUGGCGUUAAAAGGUAGAAUUUACAAAUAUAAAAUUUUCGUAACAUGCUGGCAGAAAACAAUAUGUAAAUAACUAAGCUUUGAAAAGUAGAAAAAUAUCAAUACUUAUACACUGAUAUACACAGAACAAACUUUGUACCAGUAUAAAGCUUAAUAUACUGGUUUCUAAGAUUGUAAACAGCUCAAAAUGUGUACAAGUAGAGAACUUUUCUUAAUACACACUUGUAGGAAACUGUAUGUACAAGCAGAAAGCUAUAGAAAAUUGGUAAGCAGAAUGCUGUAAUAAGUUGAGAUAUUGAGAAGAUGUACAAAAGAAAAUGGUUUA